AUGAUUAAAGCAGAAAGUACGACGAGAAACAAGACCUUAAACCAAAAUAAUCCAGACAGAAAUGUUUGCCCGGGAAAUUUUGAUCGGAAGUCAAGGGAUUUAGAACCCAGGAGCAAAUCAUGUCAAGUAAAAAAGCAAACCCGAAGUCAAAGUUUACCUCCAUUUGUGGGGGCCUAUUACAUUGGGACCUUAAACGCAAUGGACGGCAAACAUCCCUAUUUCAGUAGAACUUCGCGCAGCACGAAUCGCAACAAAGAAAACCAACCAAUGAGAUCUGCCUCACAACCUGCAUCUUCUUUAUCGUCGAACAGAAACAAAUCCAGGAUGUAUUCCGAUUCCAAAAUACCUUCAUUGAUGACUAAAUCACAAGACCAGGCCUAUUCAAAUGCACUCCGAUCAAAAUCCAAACUUGUAAACGAUCAUGUGCCUCAAGCGACGGCUGAAAGGCUUGAAUUCAGGGCUCGUCAACGUCAAAAUAACGCCAGAGUAAACACCAACGAGUGUCUGAAAAAUGAGAGCAGAAACGGAUUUCCUUUUGCAAAUUCAAAUAAUGUCAGAGACAAACGCCUCCCUUUGAGUCAAUCAAGACCAACACAGUUGGGACUGCAGGUGUCGACUGGAGUAUCUCACGCGAAACAUAGUUAUGGCUACCCCAAGGUAAAAAGAAUGGGUUCAUCCGAUGUUUCUGAUUCAUCUUGUCGAAGUCGACUACCCAUCAGAUCGCAACAUUCAUUAUCAAACACCGCUAUCCCUACAGACAGACCCCGUUCAAGGAGCAUGAAAAAAGAGGAUUCCUCAGACGACACGCACACUGAUUCUCGAUUCCUGACCAAAAUACCUAGACGUCAAAAUGGGUCCGAACGGGCAACCUGGUCGAAAAUUGAGUCCCUUUAUAAAAGAGACACGGAAACCGAUUCAGAAACUCUUGACGGCUCGCAGUUAGAUUCUUUGCGCAUUCAAAAGCCAUCCAGUAAUUAUAUAUCAUCAGAAACAUUUAUGGGCGAUGCAUAUAGGGAAAACAAGAACCCUACAGAAGAUGCGUCAAUAAUCAUUCAAGACAAUAUGGAAUUUAUAUCCUCGCCUCUUCUUGCGGACAACAUGCAGAGCGAUAACAAUCGAUUUACAGGCGCUGUUCAAAAUAAUUCACCCCGUUCACAAUCAAAGAUUCCAAAAAGGCAAGUAACUUCCAGUGUUCCUUUGUCUCCAGAAAUAUCAGCAAAUGACGAACGUUCCGAUGAUAAACCGAACAGAUUUUAUCUGUGGAAUAAUUUUGAUUUGCCCCCCUCAGCUCUCGAUAUGGAACCAAAAGAAUCGCAGAUUCCCAGGUUUUAUAGCUCCGAACCAAAUUCACCUAAUUAUAAACACAACCCGAGUGAUUUUACAAAACAGGAAUCUCUGGAUAUUUCUAAAAUUUCUGGAAUUUUCACAAACAACGAAGGUCUUGAUAAUCUGCAGAAUGUUCCAACUGAUUACAAUCGUGAAGAAUCGAAGAAAAUGCAGUCGGAAGAAGAUUUCGAAACCUUAGCUCCACGUCUCGUCGCUGACCCAGUAGACAUCGAAGACUUCAAACCUAUUCAUAAAAUGGUCAUCCCGCACUCACCAAAUCCACAUGGCUCGGAAGACAGAGAAUUUAUUUUCCUAAACAGCACAAAAGAUUCUCUAACAAAUGAAAGCUCCCAAGUGGAAUAUGUCAUCGCUGAUUCUGAAAUAAAAGAAUUUUUUAAUAAUUGUGUGACAUCGGAGAAGCUGACAGAAGAAACCGAACGUAAAUCGGGAAAAGCUUUCAGUAGAGGCGAAGAAAGCAAUUCGAAUCGUCAGAAUUCUUUGCUGGAAAUUGCCAAAGAACCACAAUCUUCUGAUGCUGAUUCGAACAGCAUAGAAACAGAUUCCUUAGAAUUAAACUGUACAGUGACUGAUGGAAUAGAACCGUCGCAGGCUGUGGUUGGAGAUUUAUGUAAAAACGUUAACUUGGAAAACGACAAAGGCCAACCUAAAAUAGACCAAGGAAUACUUGGAAAUCCUUUAGUGCCAACAGUUGCAACUGGUUAUUCAUUCAGUCUGGUUGAUGCAAAUAAAAAUGCACUUGUCGAGACUGAGGAGAGCGACGUGAUAGAAGCAGAUUCUUUAGAAACAUCGCUCGAUACAGCCCAAUCCUUACAGCUGACUGGUGAAGAAUCUGAAGGAGAGUUGGGCUGUGCUGAGAGGCCGACCGAGAAGAUGCCUUCAGUGGUCAAAGGUCAAUCCUUUGAGCUUAACCAGGAAGCGCAAUCGAACGGGAUCGCCGCCGAUACGGACAACUUUAAUGACUCUAGUCUUAAAUCUUCCAUCUCGUCUUUUUCCAGCGAAAGUCAAGAUGAUAUAGACGCGACCGUUGUGGCCAUGAACCAUAAACAGGGCUUUAAAAGAUUCGAGAAGAUUCGCAACAAAUUACAGGCGAUAUUUUCUCUGAACGUAGGCAAAGCUAAACAUUCCGAAACGGCUCCAUUUGUCGAAAAGACCAAUGAUGCAAUCGUUGAAGAGAAAAUUACAGAGCCAUUUUCUGAGGAUGUAUUGCAAGAUGAAAAUGGUUUAAUUGAAUUAACAGCUACAGAUACGAUGCUUAAUGAUCCCGAACAGAUUGUUUAUAUUAAUGAAGAAGAUGAGAAAAAAGUUCUAAUCAUUCAAGAUAUAAAUGAACGUAAUCAGCGCGAAAUAAAAUUUCGAGAGACAAGCGAUGGUCUGUUCCCGCCUAAUUUCAAUGAAUCUAAUAUGUAUACAGGAGAAAACGAGGAAAAAUAUGCUGCCAGCAAAAAAGAGCUCAAGACAACAACUGACAGUGCCAUGGAGGAUGAAUUAAAAGAAGAAUUAAAUGAAUUUCAAUGCGCCAAUCAGUGUGCUCAAAUCCCGACGGACUCUGAAAUAAAAGAGUUCUUUCAGGGUUGUAUAACAUCGGAGAAACUUACAGAAAAAUCUGAAAACGACAAAAAUAUUUCGGAAAAUCAACUGAAUUACACAGAAACUUCCGGAAUUACUGCUUGCAGAAUUGACGAAAUCAAAUAUCAAAAUCCAGAUCUACAGAUUCUGCCCCAAAAUGGUGUUUCUUCGGAAGAUCAAAAAACAGAAUCCAAAUUACCACCAGAAGUUGAUGAUGGCUUAAAAUCCCCUGAGAAGAAUUUUCCUGAAACAAUUAAUCCUGAUACUCCUUCUAAUGAGGAUUCGAAUAAAAAUAACAAAACAGAAGCUGACGAAACAAAGAAUAAAAAGUCCGAAAACCUAAAGAAACCUCUCUUUGGUUUUGUUCCUCGUCUAAAACGCGCCUUUGCGUUUAAAAGUGACAAAAAUGACCAAUCUUCAAAUGACAAAGAAUCUGAAAACAUAACAGUCACAGACGCACAACCAAUAGAAAGCACAAAAGAGCCAAAGGGCACCUCUGAAGAAGUGGAGCUUCAGUCUGAAACGACAAUCCUUGAAGAAGAAGUUUUACAAUCAGACAUCGCUAACUGUGAUAUUAUCACACCAACAAUACAGGAAGCUCACCUGGAGGCGACAAACAAACAGACAGUCCCUUCUGAAUCUCCAAUCAUAAAAACUGGUGCUUUUGAUCAAACUAAAUCUAAAACAGACGAAUUAUUGACGUGUAGACCCGUGGAUAGUUUCAUAGAGGGGAAUAUUUCAGACACAGAAACUCUGAAAGAAGAAUUAGAUGAAAAACAGGAAGAAAUUGUAGAUGGCCAUGAAGAAACAGAAGAAGAUAUUUUCUAUUUUGAGCCAGAGUUGCCAGCUAAAAGCCCUGAAACUGAAGACGUCACCAGUCCGAAAACUGCAAGCGAUGAACAUUUAGAUAGAGCAAAUCGAGAGGAAAUCGGUGCCAAAAAGUCAAGACGAUGGUACGAGAAAGUGAAGGAUUUCUUUGGUUCUAAAAAAUCUGGAGGUUCCUUUGACGAGAUGAUCAAUGGCGACAGUACCUUUCGGCGGUCGGAUUCUUAUCACCCGAAGCUGUUAGAUUCUGAUGUUGCCCCAGGUUCGUACGGUUCCCCGCACUGGUCAGACAUUGUUGACGAGAAAGUAGUUGCCACUUUACCCAAUGACAUGCUAAGAGAGGAAUCAACAUCGGAAAAGCGAGUGGAUAGCGAAAAUGAACCAAGCACUGCUGACCGAGAUAAACCUUAUCUCAUACGAAUGAAUUCGAUUCAGUCAUUAGAUGCGUGCAUCCCAAAGGAUAAUUACAACGAAGACUAUUUGGGUUUGAACGUGCAGUUUGGAGAGGGGGGAUAUUUAAACCUUUCCGAUCAAAAUUCAGUUGUCGAAGUAUCAUUACAGGAUCCGAGCAGAGACAAUAAUGAACCUGCUGAUCAAAUGAUGAAACCCAACUCAUUAAAAGUAUCGGAUCAAACUCAGGACAUCGAUUUAGAGACAGUUCAAUCGAUAGAAAUACCUCAAAAGGUUGAUUCCGAGUCGACAGUAACGAAUGAGGACGACUACAAACGACCGUGGAAGAUGCUAUCGGAAGCUGUUGUUGGAGAGGAACCUGAAAUGACGGUCCCGUUAAACAUCAAGAAACUUAUGGUAAUGCAGUCUACGACGUCGUCUGGUAUAUUUUUGCCGAAUGAGGCUCACCAAAAUGUUGACUCCUUACAUGAGGAUGAAAUUGUCGAACCUGAACUGCAAGGUGAUCAACUUGAUACAAAGUGGACGACAAUACCAUCAGAAGCAAUGGUUGACAAAAUGGAAGCGAAAAAUACGCCUGAAAUCAAGCAAUUCCUGAAUACAUUACUGCCGAAACGUUUCCUUCAGAUAUGGUUGCAAUUGGCGAAAUAG